GCAUCCAGGAGUUUAUGGCUGCAGUUUACAUGUUCCACUGUUUCACCAGCAGGAACUCAGAGGUGAUGGAGAACUUCCUGGAUGACAUCAAAAAAGGAAAACCCAGCAACUCAAAUCCAUCAUCAAGUUCUAGAAUCAGUGAUUGUCCUAGUCAAUCUAUAGAUCUGUUUCUGGAUCAAGUUCUGAGGAGAUCCCUAAAAACCAUGAAUGGCCACAUGGAUUUGUUUGUUCGUUUCCUUCAUGGCCUCGCUUUGCCUUGUAACCAGAGACUUUUGGCAGGCCUGGUGGCUCAGACUAAGACCAGUCCAGAUGUCAUACAGAGAGUCAUCAACAACUUGAAGAAGACAAGCUCUAAAGACAUUUCUCCAGACAAAGGCAUCAACAUCUUUUACUGUCUGGUGGAAAUGGAGGACCAUUCAGUUUAUCAGGAGAUCCAAGAGUUCCUGAAGUCAAAGAACAAAUCAAAGUGUGAACUUUCUGAGCUCCAUUGCUCAGCUCUGGCCUCCAUUCUGCAGAUGUCAGAAGAGGUUCUAGAUGAAAUGGAGCUAGUGAGGUACAACACCUCAGAGGAAGGACGGCGCAGACUCAUCCCAGCUGUGAGGAACUGUAGGAAGUUUGUGCUGAUGUUCUGUGACCUGUCUGAGACUCACUGUGAAGUUGUGGCUUCAGCUCUGAAGUCCAACCCCUCCCAUCUUGAAGAGCUGGACCUGAGCUACGGCCGCUUGCCCCGUUCAGGACUGAAGCUUCUGUUUGCUGGACUAGAGAGUCCAAACUGCAGAGUAGAGAAUCUGAGGCUGAUAAACUGCAGUUUAUCAGAGAGCAGUGGAGCACAUCUGGCCUCAGCUCUGAAGUCCAACCCCUCCUACAUGAAACAUCUGGAUCUGAGCAGCAACAGGCUGAAGGAUGCAGGCGUGGAGCAGCUGUGUGGGUUUCUGCAGAGUCCUUACUGCAAACUCCAAACACUGAGACUCAGGAACUGCAGCUUGACUGGGAUCAGCUGUCUGUCUUUUGUUUCGGCUCUGCAGUCCAACCCGUCCCAUCUGGCAGAACUGGACCUGGUUGACAACAGGCUGAAGGACCCAGACGUGGAGCAGCUGUGUGACCUGGCAGCCAGUUCAGACUUUAGACUGGAAACUCUCAAAUGGAAAUAGUGAUUCUUGCAAAUAAAACACUGAGAAAGAAAGAACCAGAUGACAUGGAGAAGCUGAAGCAGCAGCAAAUGAUCUGAUUGGUCCAGAGAAAACCUGUGAAGACGAGCAGGAAAGAUGUUCAUGUUCUGGGUGUUUCCAUUUCACUUCAACCAUGUUUUUACCCUAGUGGUGUACUUUAUCUUAUUUGACCUCAUAUUAAUGUGUAUCAUUACUGCCUGGCUUACUUUGCAGAACUUUUUUCUUUUGAUGGGCUUUAAACAUCUUUAAUUGGAUGAAAAACAAACCAGAAACUUUUUGACCUGAAUGUCAGAUAAAAUAAAUAAAUGGUUAAGAAAUGAACAGUGGUGAAGAUGUUUAAAGACAAACAGUUGGAAACAUGAAUUAUCAUUUCUAGAAUCAGUGGUUCUGAUUGACUCCGAGUUUAAUCAGAACCACUGAUUAAAACUUUUAAUCCACUUAAAUGACACACUACUGAAAUGACAUUUGUCUGUUAUUUGAUGUCAUAUUAUGGGAUGUUUUGCUCUGCAGUGUGAUGUCUAGAUGUAAUUUCAAUAAAUGGUUGAUUC